UAUCACUCGGACAAGCACGCACUGUUUUUAUUUCUUGGGACUAAGGACAGACUGAAGUACAGACAUAGGGCCCACAAGGUCUACUCCGUCACCCGUAUAGCUGUCGGUAUUCUCCGAUGCGCAAAGGGCGGGGAUAAAUACUAGCACAGCAGCCCGUCGGCAGCUGUUAAAACUUACGAGGGAUAUUCAAUUCAUUUCCCUCAGUCUUGUUGUCUCGUAGGCUUUUCAUCUUGGAUGGACGCCGAAAGCAAAACAAGUGGCCAAUUGAACAGGGUCGCCGACCGUCUAUCUCUCUACCAGCACCAGCUUGCUCAUCCAUCAUUGCCAUCCCCGCAUCCAACACGAAACUCGACAGAAACAGGGCAGACAGCUCGAGAACCAACACCAAUGGCCCGCGAUCCUAUCACCUGUCACGUUCUCAAUACCCUGACGGGCACACCCGCCGCCAAUUUGCCGGUCACAUUGACCCUUCUUUCGCCUGUUUCCGGCAGUCAAAACCAGAGCCAAAGCCCCAUCAGCUUCCACGCGACAACCGAUUCAGACGGACGAGUGAAAACCUGGACAGCUACAGCGACGACAUCUGCAGCCUCUGUUCCGGCGGUGCUAGCAUCACUACCGGGCGCCGAUAGCAGGACGAACUGGUCGGUACGCUUUGAGGUGGGGCCGUGGUAUGAGGCACAAGGCGUCGAGAGUUUCUGGCCUGAGGUCGAGGUUAAAUUUACGGUGAAGGGACGCGGGAGAGAGGGCGAGGAGGGAUGGAGGCAUUAUCAUGUUCCGGUGCUGCUGGGGCCUUGGAACUAUUCGACUUAUCGGGGCUCAUGAACAGCGUGCAGGGAUUUUUUAGGUUUUAAUAUCUGAUUAAUUGUUGCUUCUGCGAUAUGUCGUCAUAUCUAUUAUCUACAUUGAUAUUAGAUACUAAUGCAAGGCUUGUCAAUCUGCCUUCGAACAGCGAACGCAUGUUCGCGGACCGUUUAAAGAACAGGGAACAAGGUCUAGAAAUGGAUCUUAAUUAGUUGAAGCCAUUAUGAAGGAAAAAGCAAUGAGGAUCAUUGAUAAUCGCCAUCUUUUGAGUUUGCGGCUACGGCCGUUCCUGUGCCGUUGUACAAUGACGAGGAAACCAGCCGCGACGACGCGAUAAGGGCUAGUUCUAGAAUCUCGGGCCGUUGAUGAAAUUUCACUGUAGACGCGCGUUGAUCAACAACAACAACAACAACAACAACAACAACAACAACAACAACAACAACAACAACAACAACAACAACAACAACAACAACAACAACAACAACAACAACGACAACAA